AUGAGAGGCUUCAUGAAUUCGAUCAAGGGCAAGCCAAGCAAGCAACAACAACAAACACAAGGACAGGCAUUCAGUAUAGUCAGAGUGGAUGACAAUGAGAAGCAACAACGACAGCAACAAAAGGAUGUGUUCAACGACAUCUCCAUCGUCAUCCUCACCUAUAUCACCUUUGAUGUCACCAUUGGCAUCACCUCCAGCUUCAGUUGCCAUGUCACCAACUAG